CCCCGCCCCCUGGCUCUCCGCCCCCUCUUCUGGUGGUGGCGCCCGGUGGCAUCCCGGGUGGUGGCGGUUUUGGUGCCCGAAGCCGGGAGCGCAGAGUCGUUCCCGGGCGAGGCAGCCAGGCUAUGAUUGCGGGUCCCCGGCAUCCCGCUCCGGCCAGCCAGCGUCCCUGUCUCAGCCUGUGCCGGUGCCCGUGCCCGAGCGAUUUCCUCAGCCCGGCCCCGAGGCGCGGUUGUUGGCGGCGCCCCUGGCGCGCCCCCUCCUCCGAUGGCGGCGGAAAUCCAGCCCAAGCCGCUGACCCGCAAGCCGAUCCUGCUGCAGCGGGUCGAGGGGUCUCAAGAGGUGGUGAAUAUGGCUGUGAUCGUGCCCAAAGAGGAGGGCGUCAUCAGUGUCUCAGAGGACAGGACAGUUCGUGUUUGGUUAAAGAGAGACAGCGGGCAGUACUGGCCAAGCAUAUACCAUGCAAUGCCUUCUCCAUGUUCAUGCAUGUCUUUUAACCCGGAAACCAGAAGACUGUCCAUAGGUCUAGACAAUGGUACAAUCUCAGAGUUUAUUUUGUCAGAAGAUUAUAACAAGAUGACUCCUGUGAAAAACUAUCAAGCGCAUCAGAGCAGAGUGACGAUGGUCCUGUUUGUCCUGGAGCUGGAGUGGGUGCUGAGCACGGGACAAGACAAGCAGUUUGCCUGGCACUGCUCUGAGAGUGGGGAGCGCCUUGGAGGUUAUCGCACCAGUGCUGUGGCCUCAGGCCUGCAAUUUGAUGUUGAAACCCGGCACGUGUUUAUUGGUGACCACUCAGGCCAAGUAACAAUCCUCAAACUGGAGCAAGAAAACUGCACCCUGGUCACAACGUUCAGAGGACACACAGGUGGGGUGACCGCUCUCUGUUGGGACCCAGUCCAGCGGGUGUUAUUCUCGGGCAGUUCAGAUCACUCUGUCAUCAUGUGGGACAUCGGCGGGAGAAAAGGAACAGCCAUUGAGCUCCAAGGACACAAUGACAAAGUCCAGGCUCUCUCCUAUGCACAGCACACACGACAGCUCAUCUCAUGUGGUGGUGACGGUGGCAUAGUCGUCUGGAACAUGGAUGUGGAGAGGCAGGAGACACCUGAGUGGCUGGACAGUGAUUCUUGCCAAAAGUGUGAUCAGCCUUUCUUCUGGAACUUCAAACAAAUGUGGGACAGUAAGAAAAUUGGCCUAAGACAGCAUCAUUGCCGAAAAUGCGGGAAAGCUGUCUGCGGCAAGUGCAGCUCCAAGCGCUCCUCCAUCCCUCUGAUGGGCUUCGAGUUUGAAGUGAGAGUCUGUGACAGCUGCCAUGAAGCCAUCACCGAUGAAGAACGUGCACCCACAGCUACCUUCCAUGACAGUAAACAUAAUAUUGUGCAUGUGCAUUUUGAUGCAACCAGGGGAUGGUUACUGACUUCUGGAACCGACAAAGUCAUUAAGUUGUGGGAUAUGACCCCAGUAGUGUCUUGAUGACUCUCCCAGGAAUCAGAAAGAUGUAGUAUUUACUAAAGAAAAGGUUGUUCUGAUCCACAUGGCUACUGAAGCACUAAAGCUACGUGCAAGAAGUAAGAGAAGCUGAAGACCCGAGGUGAAUCUGCAUCCUCCCUACACAGUCAGUGAGAACUAGCAGAAGGACACUCAGUCCAACUUGUUCAUAAAAGAAGAUAUUUUUUUAACAAAUGGUUUAUACAGUCUGGCUGUGCUACAUUGUUUUGAGUAUACUGAAAAAUCUGUGUGGGGUGUUUAGUUUUUAUAUUUUCCAACCCUCCAUUUUACUUGUUGCUUUGUGUGUUGGAGAAAUAAGGGAAUCAUCUCCCUGUUCAGGGUGCAUUGGUCAUUAUAAAGUAGUUUCCACAUUUUCCUCACCUCGGCAUGUGUCGUGUGGUCACCAUCUUUUCUCCUUUUCUGUCUUCUUCUGUUUGCACCUUCGCUGCUUUUCUCCAGAGAAAUUGUAUUUAGACUCUUCACUCCCCGUGUUCCGACUUUCGUGUCCUCCUCUGUGGAGAGGAAAACCGUUUGUGUGGAUCCGCCAGCCAACUUCUUGAGUCCCCUGAGGAAUGAGCCGUCUGUCUGGUCUGACCUAUUCAUGUUCCUGCCGAGUAGGAGUGCCCUUGCGUUUCUGCCUUAGUUUUCUUAAAAAAUGCUGUGAGGAAGCUGCUCCCGACCAUCGUCAUCCAGAAGUAGAUGAUAGGACUCAGAGCUUCAACCAUCAGUGCCUGGAUCAGUUACCAUUCAGUUGGGGCCUCCUGAGCCUUCUGGGUUUUAGUUUUUUUGGAUAGCCCUCCCUCACAACAUUCAAAACCAACUGAAACCUAAACCUAAAUAAGUGUCUUUAGGCUAUUUUUCGAUGUGACAUCAUCUCUGAACUUGAACCUUUAUUAUUUCAAGAUUGUCAUCCUGCUCUAUUCUUCACUAUCUGUAUUGUCUUCCCCUUUAAAAACCAGUCAUUCAGACAUCUUUAUCUUAAAGUAAUUCAUCAGAACAUUUUGCACACUUUUAUUUUAAGACCCUGUGUGACCUGAGACACAAAGGUACUGAAAUCCUACAGUUUGUGCUGUGUUCCUGCUGGGAACUUAAAAGAGGACUUUAGAAACCUGAAGAAGUCUUACUUCUAAGGGAAUCCUAGCAAGCUUGAUAAAAUGUAAUAAGUGAUGCACCUAAGGAUAUUGAAUUCCUAUUUUAAAAUCUUACUUUCACUCAUAAAAAUACAAUUAGAUUUAGUGGCGAGGAUAUGCCAGGUACCUGUCUCACUCUAAGCACUUUACCACCUCCUCGGAUCCUUACCUGGCACACAUACAGGGGGAUCACAGUCUCUUGAGAAUCACCAGUCUAAAUAAAGUCUUAAAACAGGCCAACUGUUUGCCCUUCCCUAUCUGUGUCCUACCUCCAGUGUCUUUUUCAGUUCUGAUUUCAGUUUGGGGAUGGUAGGUAGGAGUUGAGUGAAACUGAAAUCCUCCCUGUUGUUUUUCUUUUUUAGGUUCGAAAACAGUUUUCCCCUCAUGAUCAUUCAUUACCUUCCUAACUGGGGGACAUGCCACAGGCCAUACUUGGACAGUACCCCUGGUAUCCACCAAGUCUGCUUGCUGGAAAUGGGGCUUCCUGCAGAUGAUUCUGCUGGCCAGUGUGUGUGUCUCACACAGCCACUGAUGACACUGUCACCGGAGUCUGGAACUCCAAGGCUGUAUUCCCGCACAUGCCUGCACUCACAAGUCACACCUCUUGUGGCUUCACUGCCCCUUUCCUUGCACUUGCUUGCACUAAAGUUGCUAUUACUGCAUGAAUGCUCUGUGAGAGAGCUUUCAAAAGGGAAUUACAUUUAAAAUAUUCAAAUAUCUAUUUUGUAGUUUAUUACUAGAACCUGCAGCCACUUCCUCGCUGUACCUAAUAGAGAACUGCAUGUUGGAAGUAAUGGAAAUGAAUCGCUUCGUUUUCCCUUCCUGAACUUCAGAGUAAGGACUGCAUACAGAGAGGGUAACCUAGGAUCAGGGAGGCUGGGGUUCAGGACAGUUCAUGGAUUCCCAGUUAGGUACAUAUGAGUUCAGACCUCCUUUGGGACGCCGAAUGGGCCCAUUAAGUGACACACAUACACUCGGCUACUCUGUUCUGUGUCCCUGAGCUUUGCUUCAGCCACUUCCCUCCCAGCAUUGCCCAGGCCCAACCCACAAAGCCACUCACACAUUGAAACCUCACUGGUGAUGAGAAUCAUGAUCAGAAACUAGAUAAGUCAAGAUAGCCCUUGUUCUGCCCUCUCCUUUCCUUUCAUCUAUGUGGGAGGUGGAUUUGGUGAGAAGUAUUUGGCCAUUUGGGUGCAUGAGUUUGUGAUACUGUGAAUUCUUGAGUUUUGUAUUAAGUAUCUUCACCAUUUUUUGCAACUUGUAGAGAAAUACGUGCUGGUGUUUGGUGUCUUCCAUGCAAUUUGUGGAAAAGGAGGCUCCAUUCAUUAGGAGUGAAAGCGGCUCCAGCACUUGGCUUUUCUCCUGUGUCUGAGAAACCCUAUUGGAUUUGCACUUUACAUUCAUUUUUGCUCUAUUACUUAAACUACAGCAGCUCUAGCAAAUAAUUCCUAACAUGGCUAUGUUGGGAAAGUGGCAAAACUGUACAUAUCAUACACAGAGUUGUCCCCUAUUUGGUAGAAUAAAACCCAUCUCAUGCUCUUGGUUCCUGUAAAGGAAUGAUGUUACUAGAGCCUUCAGCUGCCUGGUGUGUGUCCAUAGUAGCAAAGAUGGUUUUAGAUUGAGCACUUGUGUCAUUUUAUAUGAGGUCAAUCAACCAUAAUAUGUUUCUCAUUGAAUUGUUUGAAGUAUUCAGAGAAUCAUAAAAUCACAAAACUGAAAGGGAUCUUUGUUUUUUGGUACUGGGGAUUGAACCCAGGGGCACUUUUCCACUGAACAACACCACAGCUCUUUUAUUUUUUAUUUUGAGACAAGAUCUCUCUAAGUUGCUGAGGCUGGCCUCAAACUUGUGAUCCUCCUACAUAAAUAAGCCCCUGGAGUCCUUGGGAUUACAGGUGUGUGCCAUCAUGCUUAGCUCUAGAAGGGAUCUCGAGAUCUAGAAUGUUCCAAGCUGAAAACACUUUAGUCAUAUUAAGCAAUUAGCUAUAACUGGCAUGUAAACAAGAAAAACCAAGAGAAUAUUAAAGGAACAAUUGUUUUUGAAAACUACUUAGGAGUGAUAUGAGUGAGAGAAGCAGUGUCAGCACCCUGAGACUCGGAACUCUCUGGAACCAGGUUUGUUCCUCUCGGUUGUAAGCGUGUUUGACAUACUUUUGGACCUGCUCUGUGGUAAUGAGUGGGUGAGUCCUGGAUCAGCAGGCAGUUACUGCAGUCCUUCACCCACAUAUGUUCAUCUCCACACUGUCCCCCUUGACCACCUCAGGGGCAGGAUCAACUUAAAAAUCCAGGGCCCUGAAAAUACACAGUGCCCUCAUUGUUGAGGGCUGGUCUCGGGUCCCCGGGGUCUGCUGCAUUUGUCCUUCUUGUGCAACAUCACUUUUUCAUCUUCUGAGUCUCAUUUCUAAAAGCAUAAUUAUUUUUGUUUAACAUCAAACCUUAAAGCUUGAUUUUCGGCUUUUAAAAAGUACCAGAAUAGCUCUAAACUAUAUGUCACUGUUAGUGGACAUAAAUAUUCAUUAAGUAAGAUUUCUUUGGUUUUGCCUUUUCAUGGUAGUUUAAUUGCAUGUCAGUGAGCUUGUUCAGUAAGAUUUUUAUUUUAAAAUGGAAGAAAUUCAUUUUGCCAAAAUGUUAUUUUUCUCUUUUAAAAAUAAUGUUAGGUUGAGGGGCUGGGGCUGAAGCUCAGUGGUAGAGCACUUGCCUAGCACGGAUGAGGCACUGGAUUCUAUCCUCAGCACCACAUAAAAAAUUAAUAAAGAAAAACUAAAGUUAUAAAAAUAUGUUUAAAAAUAAAUAAUGUUAGGUUGAAUUUUACCUGGUGUGAAAGUAAAUGUUUAGCAACUUGAUUAGAAAACACAAAUCCAUUUCCAACAUUGAAUUAUCUAGAUGAUCCUUGAGAUUCUAGUCCACAUCAUGCCACUUUCAUUGAGGGGUCACCAGGCCUCUGAGCCUCUCCCUGGUUUGGCAAAAGCCACACAGAUGAGUAAAUGGGUCGUUUCAGCACUAUGUGAUUAGUGUAAUGACAGAGGUGUGUUUGGGGUGCCGCCCCAGGGGGUGCCUCUAACUGAGCAGGCAGGGCAGGAAGAACUUGGCAGAGGAAGGGAAUUCUGUGCUGAGUGUCACAUGAUAAGGAGUAAGACAAGUAGAGGAAGAAAUCCAGGCAGCAGAAACAGAGCAACCAAGUCCUAAAUCUGCUCUCCACCUGAUGUGCCCAAGGACUGCAAGGGGCUUGGCAUUGCCAGGGAACUUGCGGUGACUCAGCUGCAGGCCUGGAGCCUGAGCCCAUGCGGCUCUUAGACGCUGAUGUUUCAGAGCCUCAGAGGGAGGGCAAACACAGUUUCCAUGAUAGGUGUGCUCAGAGCUCACCCUGUAGUCAGUGCUAGUAUCAAUUUCUUUUUCCUUGGAAAUCCCAGAAUUGGUAUCUGAAAAUGACCUGUGGUAACCAAGUUUGGGAUCUUUCCAGAUGCACUGGCUUUCACUGGAGGCUGUGAGGUGGAACAGGACCAUUACAUGUGCAGCCCUUGCCUGGAAGAAUCCAGAUUCAUCCAUAAGUGGGCUGCACUCAGCUGCUCUGCUUUACAGAAGAGAAAGUCUGGACCUGCCCUACUGUGGCACAGCACUAAGUGUCACAGGGCAUGAACAGGCAGUUGCUACUCUCCCUGUCUUCAGCCUCAGACCACUCUCAAAAGUCACAGGUCAUUUUAGUACAAUGUGGUAGAGGCGGAAGGGCCUCGUCAGGGGGCACCUGCCAAGUGAAAUAGAAAGAUCUUUCUCAACUUGGAGUGGAAGGAACUCACUCAGCAGCCGCCAUCUAGGGGACCCUCUCUGCAAGGCAGGGCUUGGAACAGCUAUUUCUUGCUAUUACAUUUUUUGCCCUUUUUUUAAGACUCAAGUAUCAUAUGUCCAUAACUGAAUUCUGGAACAUCUAUGUUUACGUUUAAACUUUAGCUCAGCUUUACAACCAGGAACCACAUAUCAAACCCUCAGUGGUUUUAGUUGACAGUUCUACCUGCACAUUAGCCUUUCCACCAAGAAGCUUCUUUAGGUCUAACCUGGUAGCAGUAUCUAAAAAUUAAAUCUGCGACAAUUGGAGUAGAGUCCCUCCCUUAUAUUUUCUGAUUCAAGGGAGUUUUUAACAGUAGAUAGCCCUUGUCAGAGAUGUUGAAAAGGAGAUUAAAACUUUGAGUGAAAUAUGAAUUUGAUAGUCCUUCUUAAGGUCCCUUCUAAUCUUGUGAUUUCAUGAUUCUGUGAAUGUUCUUUAUUACUAGACUAACCUAAACCGUUACUAGUCACAUGGCUGAUGUCACUCAGACACAUGAGAGCAUAUCACCAUACCUUUUUUGGUUUCUGUCACAUCAAAUGCAUUACUUUCUGAAUUUUUCUGUCUAGAGCCUGAUAGGUUUGGUUUUAGAAAAAAAAAAUGGUGACGGUGGAAAUUAAUCAUGGUACCAUCUCAUUAAAAAUAAAUACCUCAAAAUAUUCACCUUUAUUGAGUCCAGAGUAUCUGACUUCCUUGGGAGAAGUGUCUAAGAAUUUCCAGUUGGUUCAAAAGUUAGAUUUGGAAAUUGUCCUUGAUAUUUAUGAUUUUUUAAAAAUUCCCUUGGUUCUCUAGGAUGCAUGAGAAGGAGCUAUAACUCAAAAAAGAGGAAUCCUGUUUUAAAAAAAAAGCAUUUCUCAUAUAUAUUUUGCAAUCAUUUAAAUGAAGGUCAGCUGUCUGUCAAUAGCAUACACCAAUAUGAAGAAUGGACCAAAACACUUGUGUCGCUGUUAGCCAUUGUUCUCAAAUACUCAUGUCUUAUAUGCCAUUUGCCUUGCUUUUUAAAUGAGUUUGUUUUUCAAGGUACUGUCAAAUUGCAAAAGAAAAUCUUUAUAUAGAAAGCAUAAAAACUGUUCCUAACUGGACAACAGGGAAGGUGCUAGCUAGCCCCACAUCAGUGCCUGCCCACCACUGUGUUCAUAACCAGGGUUGCUUUUCCGUGCUGCCUGGCCAUCAGGCUGUGGCCCACAUCUGGACCUGGCUGCAGCAGGCAUGUUACUUUAUGGUUUCUUUUUCCUUUUUCUGGAAUGAGAUUCUUCGAGGGGUCAGGCUGAGGAUGUCAUAAGCCUGAAGCUGGACCAGCUCUCUCCAGGGUGGUUCUGGCCAACCUCCCGUGCUGCAUGCCACGGAUUCCCCCAACCAACCCAAUCAGUCCUGACAUUGACCUCCUGAUGAAGUGGUCUGAGCAAGAAGGUCCUGUGAUGUUGAGAUGCCUGCAUCCAGCCCUCCAUUCAUUGCUGCUGAGCAUUGUGAGUGUGUUCACUCUGCUCAUUUCCCCACUGUGCCGCCCUCUAACCUCUAAUAUGUACAUGUAGCCAUUACCAACGUUAAGACUCUCAUGCAGAGUUGCCUCCAUGGUUUAAAAUAAAUGUCUGUGAAUACCUGCCUGCAA